AUGGCGCCUCGACGUCCUGGCUCGCCGGACUCUGUUCGCAGCGACUUAUCUUUAGGCACGCAGCUGUCUACCUCUUCUACGAUAGCCGCCUUGACCGCGCUCCAGUAUCUCCCUAUACCUCUACUCGUUCUUUCUUCAUAUAAGACGGUCAUACUUGCCAACGAUGCUUUCGGAAAAUUACUGGGAAUUGACUUGCCCGCAUUGGCUGAGGACGGCGAAACACUGCUGUCCAUAACUGAGGUCGUGAGGGGACGCAAGAUCGCUGAUCUAGGCAUAGACAUCCUUAAAGAUGGCUCACCGAUAUGGAUAAAUUGGGAUGACCUCCUUGAUCGAGCCGCAGAGCGAACUCCAGCACAUCCCGACCCUGAGAGACAUGGCCACAUACAUGAUGGUCACACGUCGAACGAAUCCCUACCAAAACUCACGUCUUCCAACUUGGCCCGCACUACGGUGCACGAUGUUUCUGUCGAUGUUCUAAUAUCUCAGCAAAGCGCUAUUGCCAAGCACUGCUCAUUGUCCACGCCACUGUCGUCCAAUCUUAUCAUAUCUACUUGGACUCUGGACAAUGUACAGCAUUACACCCUAACAUUCACAAGCGCAGCAGCAUCUAAUAUACAGCCUGCUACUAGUAGGACUGUAGUCAAAGCUCAUACCAGGCCGAGUGCCCAUUCUGGCUCUUCGUCAGCGUCAUCCACGAAACGUUCAAAGGGAAGUUCGAAUUCGAAUUCUGACUCCAAUGUUAGUACGCCAACCCUUCAGUCUCCGAAUUUCCCCCCAUAUGGCCCUCCAACUAAGCAGGAUCAUCCCGCAACUGCCUCGAUAUUCCAGAAGGCAUCGCAGCUGAAAGAUGCGAUCUUGAAUUCGGUAAACAUGCCAGCAUAUGCUUUGUGGAAAGAUGAGAGCUUUGGAAUUCCCAACAAGGCACUCCUGGACCUCCUACCCGAGGAUGCCAUUCCUAACCCCGGAGAUCAACAAGACUUUGAGCGCGAGCUGGCCUUGGAGGAGUUCCCAAUCAUGGAUCUCGUUCGGAAUCAAGUCGCAUUUGAGAAUCGGCGAAUUGGGAUGCGACAGCCCAAGACGGGAGCGCGCCUUAUAUUCGAUGUACACGGAGAACCGAUUACCCUUGAGUCGACGGGUGAAUUCAUCGGAGGUCUAGUCACAUUCAAGGACGUUACUGAAUACACUGAACGAAUCGCCGCUCAGCUCAAGGAGAACGACAAGCAAUUUGAAUCGAUUGCUAAUCUAGUUCCAAUCCUUGUCUGGACGGGAACGUCAGAUGGCUACAUCGACUGGUUUUCGCAACGUUGGUAUGACUUCACUGGUUUAUCCCACCAGGAAUCUGUUGGUACUGGUUGGACUCUCGCAAUACACGACGAUGACUUGGCGGAAAGUGGACGGCGAUGGCAAAAGUCUGUAGCGACAGGGUCUGAAUACAGAAUUGAAUACAGAGUAAAACGACGCGAUGGGCAAUGGAGAUGGAUGUUUGGGAACGCGAUACCCUUUCGAGAUUCUGACGGCAAAGCAGUGAAAUGGUUUGGUACAUGCGCAGAUAUUCACGAGACUGUAAUUGCCCGGCAAGAAGCGAAAUUGAUGCGACAGCAACUUAUUCAGACGAUUGAUCAUGCGAAGAUCACUCUGUGGGCAAUCAAUCGUGACCUAAAAUUUGUUUUGUUGGAGGGCAAUCGGAUCUGGCAAGAUAAGGUGAACGGCCGUGCGAUCACUUCUGCAGACGUCAUAGGACGUAAUGUGUAUGAGGCCACCGAGAGCUUGGUUGGCCGCGACGAUGCGUUACGGUUACGCGAACCAAUUGAAGCUAUCCUCAAUCACCAGUCACGAACUGAGGUUCUCGAGGAGCAAACGAAUCACCAAGGACGAAUCUUCCGAUCAAGGCUUGUACCUAUGCUAUCGAACAGUCGCGUAGCUGGUGUUGAAGGAAACUCUUUCGUUGAUGGUGUUAUUGGAGUAGCUAUGGAUAUCACGGAGCUACGAUCACGCGAGAACGAUCUGCGGCGGCAAGAGAAAGAGAAUACUAAGCUUCUUGCCAAUGCUGUGGCUGCAAAGGAAGCAAGUCGCAUGAAGAGCCAAUUCCUUGCCAACAUGUCCCACGAGAUUCGAACACCAAUCGCAGGCGUGAUCGGUAUGAGUGAACUGCUCCUUGACACUGUAUUAAACAAAGAGCAGUAUGAAUGUGCAGAUAAUAUACAAAGAUCUGCCAACGCGUUACUGACGGUCAUCAACGACAUACUUGACCUAUCGAAGGUUGAAUCCGGGCGACUAGACAUCGAAGAGGUGCAAUUCAGCUUGUCAGUUGCCAUUCGUGAUGUGAACAAAAUGAUGGCCUUCGCUGCUCAACGAAAGAAUAUAGCGUACGAAAGCUAUAUUGAACCUACGAUUGAUCGAGAUCUAAAAGUGAUGGGAGAUCCGGGUCGAUUGCGCCAGAUUCUCACAAACAUCUUGACCAACAGUAUCAAGUUCACUUCGGAAGGUACUGUCUGUCUGACGGUAUCCGCAACUCAGGAAUCUCGGGAGUCAAUCAGCGUACAGUUUGUUGUUGAGGACACGGGUAUUGGGAUAGAAGAGGAAGUUCGCAAGCGCCUUUUCAAACCGUUCAGUCAAGCUGACUCGUCCACUGCUCGAAGAUUUGGUGGUACUGGGCUAGGUCUGACCAUCAGUAAGAACCUUGUCGAAUUGAUGCAUGGUAGCAUUGGACUAGAAUCAAAGCUGGGUGUCGGAACGAAGACCACCUUCUCGAUACCUUUCAGCAAGGGACAGUACUCGAACGAAGGAUCUCCUAUCAUAGCCUUAGGGUCGAUACCAGAUCGCCUACAGUCGGAUGUUUCGGUGUCAUGUGGAAGCUCCGAGGACCUAACACCACCAUCGACACCUACAGUUGGUAAUGGUGUGGCUAGUAGUCACCUCAAUAGAGCAACGAGUGCACGAAGGACAUCACAUCAGCACAAUAGUGGCCCGGUGACAGCUCGCGGUGUUUUACCAAACGAUCUACUCAAUUUGACCGACGAAGAGAGACAGAAAAUCGAAAUCUUGGUGGUAGAAGACAACCCGAUCAAUCAACAGAUUGCGCUCAAGACUAUUCGAAAGCUCCACUUCUCCGUGAGAGCUGUAUGGAACGGUCAAGAAGCACUAGAUUACCUUAACGCCGCUCCAGCGCCAGGUCAUCCAAUGCCUAACAUCGUGUUGAUGGACGUUCAGAUGCCGGUACUCGAUGGCUAUGAUGCCACACGACGUAUUCGUAGGUUCGAAAACCCUGAAGUUCGAAAUGUUCAUGUUAUUGCAAUGACAGCGUCAGCCAUUCAAGGCGACAAAGAAAAGUGCGAAAAAGCAGGCAUGGACGACUACCUGGCGAAACCCGUGAAAGGCAAGAUUCUAGAGAAGAUGCUGCUCAAGUGGGCGAUUGCUGGCAACAAGCGCAGUAAAAAAGAAAAUCAUAAACCCAGGCCCUUGCCACUCAACGACUCCUCUAAAUCCAAACCUUCCACAUCUUCCACACCCUCGCCACCGUCCUCCAUCCUCUCACCUGCGCACGGAUCUCUCGAUGCUAAGCUCGAUAGCCUCGAGUUUCACCGUAACACAACACUCCUCCUUGCCUCGGAGUCGAACUCGGACUCACAACUGCGGCGCGCACAGGACGAAGAACAAGCUGCGUACUCACGCGACAACAAACUCCUCUUGGCAUCCGAGAAUCCACAGGCAGAGCCUAUCUCUGUGCUUGAAGCUAAUCUUCCAGCUAUCCGCGGUAUCGACGAGCAGACUGACGACCACUCCAGUCAUGCGCUUACGGAGGAGAAUAUUGGACGCUUGGCGACGGAACAGCAUCGUCGGAGGGGCGAUCUCAAGCGGGGUGACUCCCUUUCCGCAGUGCCACAACUAAAGGCCGAGCUUAGCUAUGACAGUCUGAAGGUACAUCCCGAAACGAACGACAGUCCACAGGCCCCGGCGGAUAGGGGUAGUCGCAGUAGUGAACAGCCGGGAAAGAGUAGUAGGUUGGGGGUACCAAGACCGAGCUUACUGUCAAGGAAAUAUGGAAGCGAGCAGACGGUCACACCAGAGUCGAGUCUGGUUGAACAGCAGCAGCAAAAUCAGUAA